AUGUCUUCAUCAAAGACCUCCAAUGCACGUUCGAUGGGCGCAAACAUCUCAGAUAAUUUGCCAGCGCAACUUCAACCGGAUGCACAACUUCAGCCCUCCACGAACGCACGCUCGCUGAGCACUGAUCGCAACAGCAUGCAACCUCAACAGGAAUUGGAUCAGACCCCCCCUCCGUCGUACAAGCCCGGCGACAUUGCGUGGCUCUUGACGUGGGUACCUGGGUCAGAACCGGUCCUUCGAAUUGGCCAAGGACAUCUGGAGCGUGAAGCGCACAAUCACUCUGUCUUGAUCUUGAGACACAGAUGGAGUUCCGUCACUCGCACAUACCGAUAUGAGGGCUUGUUGAUGACUACCUUCGGUUAUAAAAGCCCGGAGGACUACAUUCGACUGCGCAGCAUACGAGUGGAUGAUCGCGAAUCCACCCCAUUGAUAAAGCGAAGUUGCCCUGUGAAAUGGCCAACCUUCACGUCUGCGCGUGGUGCUGUCCUGCCUGUGCUGCGUGCCACACGUGGGAGUGACACGGGCAAGGACCAGUCUUAUGUGAAGCUGGAUGUCCAUAUUGACAUACCAGCAUCCCAGCUCCGGCUCUUUCACGUGGAUAAGCCGCGACUCAAUCACCCGCGGCUAGCUUUCCAGAGCUUCAGCGCUUUAGUGAAAUACCUUGGCCUGAUGGCAGACCCCCAUGAGCUAUACCAUGGCAUACAAAAACAAGUGCCUGCAGUGCCUCUACAAGACCCGCCACCUCAAGCUACCCGCGGAUUGGCUUUGGGACCUACAGCAGCGCUGAAUGCAUCCGUCGCCGCACUUCCACUCCAAGCUCAGGUCGAGCCCACAUCCAACGGAGACAUAGUGGCUCAGGCACCAGUAGUACAGGCUUCAAACUUGAAACCGACAUUAUUACGUGCCAUCUACCCCUGGUCACCAAGCCCCAGCGAUCAGCAGCUACCCUUCAAUCUGAUUCGAAUAAACGUUUUUGAAGGGUCCGAACCUUCCGCGCCGCUUCUCUCUGAUAUUAUGGGCAUCGUUCAGACAGAGGUGUUUGCCUCUCUCAACCUUAAAUCCUAUGCGAGCUGGGUGAACUUCGCCUUUCCUGAUGAUAGCGACAUUUACCCCGAGCAAAAGGCUGCGACAUUCUGGAGAAAGGUCAAUGGCCUCCAAAGCAUCAGAGACAUCGUUGCCAUCGCUCAACAGUCACUUGUGAUAUCGGUGAUUGAGCCUGUUCAAGCAGCAGGUAAUUGGGGAUGGUUCGUAAGAACAGAUGCGAUGUCCAAUUGGAUUCGGCAACGCAUCGCCUCUGAGGUGCUUGGUCGGCGGGCUAUGGAGAACAUCGUGGCUUGUCCAUCGAUGGUGGUUAUGGCGGUGGGAAAUUGUGUUACAUUUGUGAUUGUACUCGAACACUGA